AUGGCAGUACCCUCUCCCACAAGUGUCAAAUAUGAGCCAACUGUGAGAGGUUGCCUUCUUUUUCUCCAUCAGAUCAUCUUCUACGAGGACAAGAACUUCGGAGGCCGUCACUAUGAGUGCAUGAGUGACUGUGCUGACCUGCACUCCAUGUUUGACAGCUGCCGGUCCAUCCGGGUGGAGAGUGGCAUGUUCAUGAUCUAUGACCGUCCCAACUACAUGGGAAACCAGUACUUCAUGAAGAGGGGAGAGUACCCUGACUACAUGGGCAUGACAAGCUUGAAUGACUGUGUCAGGUCCUGCCGCAUGAUCCCCACGCACAGAGGCAACUUCAGGAUGAAGCUGUACCAGCAUUUCGACAUGGGAGGUGAGAUAGUGGAGCUGGGGGAUGACUGCCCAAACCUCAUGGACCGUUUCCACAUCUCCAACUUCAACUCCUGCAAUGUGGAUGGCCACUGGCUGAUUUAUGAGCAGCCAAACUAUAGGGGACGUCACUACUACCUGAGGCCUGGCCAGUACAGGAGCUUCAACGAGUGGAGUAGCAUGAACUCCAGGGUCGGCUCCAUCAAGCGUCUCAAGGAUCUCUAA